GACGUGCUGUAAUCGCGCUAGAGGCCCUCUUAGAUCACGGGUCCUCCCGGAGUGCUUGCGCCUCGAGUCGCGUCUCCAGCUGUCACAUAGUCCACGCAUGAAGGCCAGAGCCUCCACCAUUGGGUAAAACUUCGUCAAUGCGUAUGAUACCAUUGAUGGAAAGAUGAACGUCGCCUCAUCAUGCGCUUUACGAAACCAUCCUGGCUAAGUCACAACCUCGAACGGCCUCAGCCAUGCUACUCAUGCUCGGUCAGUCCUGAUGGCGCAAGACUCGCGACAGCGGCAGGUGAUGGACAUGUGAGGAUAUGGUCAACGGAUGCCAUUCUGAAUGCAUCGGACCCUUCAUACACCAAGCCUAAGCAGCUGGCCAGCUUGUCCUACCACUCCGGAACUGUCCACAGCGUAAGAUUCAGCCCAAACGGGAGAUACCUGGCUUCAGGCGCCGAUGACAAGCUUGUCUGUGUGUAUGCGCUCGAACCGGGUGCACCGGCAGCGACCUUUGGCAGCAAUGACGCGCCUCAGGUAGAGAACUGGAGGGUUUUUCGCAGGCUGAACGGCCAUGACAAUGACGUGCAAGAUUUGGGCUGGAGCUGUGACAGCAGCAUCCUGGUUUCCGUAGGUUUGGAUAGCAAGGUCGUGGUCUGGUCUGGCAGCACAUUCGAGAAGCUCAAAACGCUGGUGAACCAUCAGAGUCACGUCAAGGGUAUCUGCUUCGAUCCUGCGAACAAGUACUUCGCAACCGCCAGCGAUGACCGGACAAUUAAGAUCUUCCGCUUCACGUCGCCUCCUUCGAAUGCGACAGCGUAUGACCAAACCUCGAACUUUACCCUUGAGGCAACAGUCACCACGCCUUUCAGUGCUAGUCCACUCACAACAUACUUCAGACGUUGCGCAUGGAGCCCCGAAGGUGCGCAUAUCGCUGCUGCCAACGCCACCAAUGGCCCGGUGAGCUCUAUCGCUGUUGUAGAGCGAGGUACGUGGGACAGUCAUAUCAAUCUGAUUGGACAUGAAGGGCCUGUGGAGGUAUGCGCUUUCUCAACGCGUCUGUUCUACAAUCAACCUCCUCCCCCACUGCCAACAGACCCCAAAGAUGCCCCACCAAUGCCGCCCGCUGUCAGUGUUGUCGCUUGCGCUGGCCAAGACAAGACCAUCAGUGUCUGGAACACGUCCUUGGCGAGGCCGUUUGUGAUUACCACGGAGGUCUGCACGAAGCCUAUCAGUGACAUGGUCUGGAGUCCAGACGGGGAGACGCUCUACGCUACAAGCUUAGACGGUACAAUUGCAGUCCUAGUCUUCGAUACAGGCGAGCUUGGCUAUCCGACUUCGCCCGCGGACAAUGAACAGCGGCUCGCUAAGUACGGUGCUGGCAGAAGAGCAGGCAUCAUCGAAGGCGCAGACGCUCUGCGAUUAGAGGAGGGCAGCAAAGCCGGAGAGCUCAAAGGUGCGGAAGGCAGGAUGGGCGAGUUGAUGGGUGAUAGCUCGGAUGCGCAGAAUGGAGGACUUACGAACGGCAACUCGGCGCACGUGAACCGGCCUAACGGCGUUGCAUCAAACACGGACGGCAUAGUGCCUGAACCUGAAGCAGCCAGCGUACCCCAGGCGCCCGUUGACGCGCAACAAGAGAAGAUUGAUAAGCUGAAAAACCGAGUGACGUUCACUAAAGAAGGAAAGAAGCGGAUUGCACCAUUGCUCGUGUCCUCGUCGAACGUCGGCGAAGCCAAUCUUCCACGUCCACAGCUGCAGGCCUCGAUGCGCCAAGGCGGACUCUCCGAUGAGCCUGCGGGUAAGACUCUUGACCUCAGCAAACCCUACGAUGGGCUGCCGAAAGGUGGCCUUGCCAGUCUACUGCUUGGCAACAAGCGCAAGUAUGCCGAGUUCGCAAGUGAGGACGAGGAGGAGAGGAAGCGUGCGGAGAAGAGAGUCAAUGGCAUACAGCAGACCGGCGCCACGCCCAUCGUCGAUAAUACUGCAGACGGGCUCGUGCCAACCUCUACCGUCACUGCGCAAAAGAUUCCGGUUGACACGCCGGAACCGCUACGACCGGCAAUCGUGAAUCCCAGUCUGACGGUGAGCCAAGUGAGACUCGCAGUACCAUUGGUGCGCAGCGUAGUGCUGCGACCGCUCGAUGUGCAUAAAUCCGUCAGCGAUGAACAUCAGAUGGACGGUAUAACGAACGGAAGCGUGCCCGAGAACGACGCGAACAUUGUGUUCGAAGCGCGCAACGCAACCGGUCCUUCCCGAACCGGUCGUGUACAGGAUAAAGAACCGACGCGCAUCACGCUCUCGAAGCGCAACCAGACCCUAUGGCAGGACUUUCUGCCCAAAGCGGUUUUGCUCGUGACGGGGAAUCGCAACUUUUGGGCUGCAGCUUGCGAGGAUGCAAGUCUGCAUCUCUGGACACCUGCCGGGAGGCGUGUUAUGAACGCCAGCGUUCUAGAAGCGCAGCCUGUCAUUCUGGACUGCAGAGGCUGGUGGCUUUUGGCCGUAACCGCGGCCGGACAGUGCUAUGUUUGGAAUGUUCGGACAAUGAGCGCUGCGCAUCCGCCCAUUAGCCUGGCGCCUGUGCUUGAUGCGGCUAGUGCUAUGAUGCAGAACCAUCUGACUCCGGCACCCAGUCUGAUGUUUGCACGGUUGAACAGUCAGGGCAGGGUCAUUAUUGGGUUGAGCAAUGGUGAUGGUUUCGCGUACAAUGCAGGGAUGUAUGUCUGGCAGCGUUUGAGCGAAAGCUGGUGGGCGGUUGGUAGCCAAUACUGGAACACAGCCUAUACGUCUUUCACAUCGGCGCUACGACUAACAAACAAGACCGGAGCUUCGAAGGACAGAGAGCCAAGCCUAAUGGACGACAUCAAUCCCGAGAAUAUCUCCGCUGGCAUCAUACCGAUUCUGGAGCGCAAUACAACCGCCCAGGCCUUACUGAAAGGUCGUGCUUACUUUCUGCAGCGCCUCGUCAAGCAGCUGCUCUCCGCCGAGGGCUUCGAAGGCUUCGAAUCCAGCGUCUCGAUUGCCCACCUGGAGAAUCGCAUAGCUGCGGCUUUCACCCUUGGCGCAAAGGACGAGUUCCGGGUCUACCUGAUAAUGUAUGCGAAGCGGCUAGGUGCCGAAGGUGCAAAGGGCAAGGUGGAAGAACUUUUACGCGGCAUGACUGGGAAUAUGUACGACGAACCAGAAGACGUCGAGGAUGGUGGAAUAGGCAUCACUCAACCCGACGGCAUUGUAUGGGGCGAAGGGUCAGAGAUCGUGGGCUGGAAGCGCGAAGACUUGCUUCGUGAGGUCGUGGUUGUGCUUGGCAAGUACAGAGACUUGCAGCGGGUGACGGUACCGUAUGCGCAGCUACUUGAUAUGUUGGGCGGUAGCGGCAGCAGCACCUUAGAGCACGGUGGGCCAUCGCAGAUGAGCACGUGCGACGACGGAUAGGGGUCGUUGAUUGCCAUCAAUUCAAGGGUUGUAUUGAAAUGAGCGCGCAGCAUGUAGGGCCACGAGUGUCGUGUUGCGAUUUAGCGUGGCGUUUCGAGGGCAACACUCCGGGGCAUUGUAGGUAUAUUCGCGGCUGCCUGCGUUUCGUGGUGGUCUGUUUCUCCACUGGUGGGAUUUCCUAUUCUAACGCAGCCAUUACUUGCCAGCCGAUGCUCAUCCGCGAGGAUCCCUUGGUAACGUGAUUCCGCGUCAACAUAUUGCUUUGGCGUCUAUUGUG